AUGUCUUCAUAUCCACCUCAAAACCAAUCGCCUCACACCGGUGGCAAUGUUCAUAAUUCUCAGUACCAAAUGUUUCCAUAUACAUCUCAAAACCAACCACUUCACCCUGAUGAAAAUUUCACAAAUCCACAAUACCCCAUGUAUCCACCACAAUACCAAUUUCAAAGCCAAGCCCCUCCUACUGGUAGCACUGGUUCAAAAGUCUCUGAUACACAAUGUGAGGCUACGCCUGAUGAUACACAACACGAGGGUCUAGAUGAUAUUGAUCUUGAAGAUGAGGAUCAAUCUUCUGGAAAGAAACGCACCAGAUGGAGGGUUAAAGACGAUUUACUUCUUGUUCAAUCAUGGCUCAACAUUUCUAAGGAUCCGACGGUGGGAACUGAUCAAACGGCAGCAAAGUUUUGGGAUAGGAUCCGCGACCAAUUUGAUGAGUACCGUGACUUUGACACUCCUCCGAGGACAGGGAAGAUGCUGAAAUGUCGUUUUGGAAAAUUGAGUAAAGAUAUUCAAUUCUUUACCGGUUGCUACAACAAAGUUACCACUCCUUGGAAAAGUGGACACUCAGAGAAGGAUAUCAUGGCUGAGGCGCAUGCCCUAUUUCAGGUAGACCAUAAAAAAGAUUUCACACAUGAGAAUGUAUGGCGGAUGGUGAAAGAUGAACCAAAGUGGAAGGGACAAUCAAUGAAAACCAAUUCAAGGGGACAAAAGAAGUCAGGAGCUGGCGCCGACGGAACAUCGACUGACCCAAGUGCAUAA